UUAUUUCUCUGUUGCAAAGUAGUUAUUGUCUCAAAUCGUUAAGAAUUAUGAUUUGGCACAACCUAAACAGCUUUUGGUUUUGUCUUCAAGUUUUUAAUUGUACUCUUUUGAAAAGCACUGAAUCUAUCUUCUCAGAAAUCCUUAUAAGAAAUUUUUAUGUUGAUGACUUGUUUCUAGGAAAUUUAGUAGAAUGUAAUGCUGUGUGUUGUUUUUAACAAUUUGUCCAUUUGAAGAAAUGUUUCCCUUCUUGCCAGUAUUGCUUGUUAAAACCCUUUUUUCCCUCAGCCAGUAUUAAAAACAAUUUCUUUAAGGACCAAACGUCCUAAAUGUUGUGGAAUGGAUCAAAGUUGCAUUUUUCUUAUGUGAGAUGUAUGCCAUGCCUUUUUAAUCUCUCUUGAAGAAAUUUGGUUGGAUUAUUUGGUCGUUUAUGUCAUGUUUAGCCUUAGUUUAUCAUAUUUCUCUUUUUCAUCUGACAUAUCUUUAUUCAUUUCAAUUUUUUUCUCCCUUCUCAUACCUAUGAUGUUCUGACACUUAGAGUUCUUAUGGUUUUGCGAACUAACAUAUUAUCAAUUCACUCUACCUUUUUCCCUUACUCUCUCUCUUGUUGUAUGUUAUAACAUGCUAACUUGAAAACAGACUUGCCUGUUACCUUCCUUAUGGAUGCGCCUUUUGUUUCCUAUAAAAGAUGCUACUUCUACUUGUUGUUUGAUUUGAAGGAUCUAUUACUGUUAAUAAAAUUAUGUUCAACCCUGAAGACGAACACAAUAUAUAUUUCCUUCUUGUGACUUACCAUGGCUACAGUUGCUCCCUGGACUACUACACUGCUCAUGGUGAAAAUGCAACUUUUGUUGCAAAGACAUACUACCGUACUACUACUGCUAUGCGGCAAUUGGGCAGUGGAUCUGAUGCUCUUUCAAGUGUAAGUGUUAGUAAGAACAUGUUUGAAACAAUUGCUCGUGAUCUUCUCCUGGAAAGAACAGAUCACACUCUUGAGCUCUAUGAAGGUAGUGGCUCAAAUUGGAAACUAGUGAAGAGUGGGACUCCAGGGAAUCUAGGAAGUUUUGAAGAUGUUCUGUUUUCCAACAAUGAGAUGCUGGAUACCCCUGUUGUUGUUGCACUGUGUCCAAACUUCCGUGAAAAUGGAUGCACUGUUGGGUUGGGUUAUAUUGAUUUAACUAAGAGAGUACUUGGAUUGGCUGAAUUUCUUGAUGAUAGCCACUUUACAAAUGUGGAAUCAUCUUUGGUUGCUCUUGGUUGCAAGGAGUGCCUUUUGCCUAUAGAGUCUGGAAAGUCUAGUGAGCGUAGGCCUCUGCUUGAUGCUUUGUCCAGAUGUGGUGUGAUGUUAACUGAGAGAAAGAAAAGUGAGUUUAAAACAAGGGAUUUAGUGCAGGAUCUUGGUAGACUUGUUAAAGGUUCCAUUGAACCUGUUCGAGAUUUGAUAUCUGGUUUUGAAUUUGCUCCUGGUUCUUUAGGGGCAUUACUGUCUUAUGCUGAGUUACUUGCAGAUGAGAGUAAUUAUGGAAGUUAUUCAAUUCGAAGGUACAACCUGGACAGCUACAUGAGGUUGGAUUCUGCUGCCAUGAGGGCACUAAAUGUCAUGGAAAGCAAAACUGAUGCAAACAAGAAUUUCAGUUUGUUUGGUCUCCUGAAUAGAACCUGUACUGCUGGGAUGGGAAAACGACUACUUCAUAUGUGGUUAAAGCAGCCUUUGUUAGAUGUGAAUGAAAUAAAUGUCAGGCUGGACCUGGUACAAGCAUUUGUUGAAGAUGCUGCACUUCGCCAAGAUCUGAGGCAGCAUCUGAAAGGAAUCUCUGAUAUAGAACGACUGAUGCAUAACCUUGGGAGGAGAAGAGCUGGUCUGCAGCAUUUAGUAAAACUUUAUCAAUCAAGCAUCCGACUUCCGUACAUCAGAAGUGCCCUGCAACAGUAUGAUGGACAGUUUUCAUCAUUGAUCAAGGAAAGGUAUUUAGAUCCACUGGAUGUUUUAACUGAUGAUGAUCAUUUGAAUAAGUUCAUUGGUCUGGUAGAAGCUUCCGUUGACCUUGAUCAACUUGAAAAUGGAGAGUACAUGAUCUCAUCAAGUUAUGAUCCUGCUUUAGCAGCACUAAAAGAUGAGCAGGAAUCUCUGGAUCGCCAAAUACACAGUUUGCAUACACAAACAGCUUUUGACCUUGAUUUGCCUCUUGAUAAGGCCUUAAAGUUAGAUAAAGGGACACAGUUUGGACAUGUCUUCAGAAUUACGAAGAAGGAAGAACCAAAAAUAAGGAAAAAGCUCAGCACUCAAUUUAUUGUCCUUGAAACACGGAAAGAUGGAGUGAAAUUCACUAAUACAAAGCUUAAAAAAUUAGGGGACCAGUACCAAAAAGUUCUUGAGGAAUACAAGAAUUGUCAAAAAGAGCUUGUUAACAGAGUUGUUCAAACUGCAGCAACUUUCUCUGAGGUAUUUGAGUCUUUGGCUGGUUUGCUUUCUGAAUUGGAUGUCUUGCUCAGUUUUGCUGAUUUAGCUUCUAGUUGUCCAACACCAUACACAAGACCAGACAUCAGUCCACCUGAUGUGGGAGAUAUUAUAUUAGAAGGGAGUAGACACCCUUGUGUAGAAGCUCAAGACUGGGUGAAUUUUAUACCAAAUGAUUGUAAACUUAUCAGAGGAAAGAGUUGGUUUCAGAUCAUCACUGGACCUAACAUGGGUGGAAAGUCCACAUUUAUUCGGCAGAUUGGUGUAAAUGUUUUGAUGGCACAAAUUGGUUCGUUUGUUCCUUGUGACAAAGCUAGCAUUUCUGUACGUGAUUGCAUUUUUGCUCGUGUUGGUGCUAGUGACUGCCAAUUACGUGGAGUUUCUACCUUUAUGCAAGAAAUGCUUGAAACUGCAUCAAUAUUGAAGGGGGCUACCAAUAAGUCAUUGAUAAUCAUUGAUGAGUUAGGCCGUGGGACAUCAACUUAUGAUGGAUUUGGUUUAGCAUGGGCUAUAUGCGAGCACCUGGUUGAAGUGAUUGGAGCACCUACUUUGUUUGCAACCCACUUCCAUGAAUUGACUGCAUUAACUGAUGAAAAUUCCAAUCAUGAACUCCAUAAAAAGCAACUUGUCGGUGUGGCGAACUAUCAUGUUAGUGCACAUAUUGACUCAUCAAGUCGCAAGUUGACUAUGUUGUACAAGGUUGAACCAGGAGCUUGUGAUCAAAGUUUCGGUAUUCAUGUUGCAGAAUUUGCAAAUUUUCCUGCAAGUGUCGUUGCCCUUGCUAGAGAAAAAGCUUCUGAAUUGGAAGAUUUCUCACCUUCUGAAGUAAUUUCAAAUGAUUCAAAAGAAGAGGUGGGAUCCAAAAGAAAGAGAGUGGUCGAUCCCAGUGACAUGUCUAAAGGUGUUGCCUGGGCUCACAAGUUUCUAAAGAAAUUUGCUGAUUUGCCAUUAGAGAAAAUGGACUUUCAGCAGGCUCUGCAGCAAGUAAAAAAGAUGAAAGAUGACUUAGCGAAGGAUGCGAUUGACUGUAGCUGGCUCCAGCAAUUCCUCUAGUUCUCCUUCAAACUUUAGCGUCCAUAAUAUGUAAACCCCAUCUCUGUAAAUGCGACAUGGUUGAUGGAUUUUUGUCGAGGUAACAAGUCAAACGCUCUGCUUCUCCAUUUUUGUCAAUACUACGAAGCAAAACAGAGGUGGCAGCCAGCGACUUCAGCAGGUAUUAGCUUUCUUUUUCCCAGUUAAAAUGUGAUACAAUUGAAGGCAGCGAAAAUUUUGAGGUUGUUCUUUCUGUUUCCCUUCAUCGGAGGAGAGAAAGGUGACCAUGCAAGUAGCUCUUGUCCUAGCGUUGAGGAGAAAAUGGUCGGAAUGUGUAUGAUUGCUGGUUUUAUCUUGAACGUUUACCUGAAGUGUUUUAACACAAUUUCUCA